UUUUUUGGCAUGCGCGUACGGGGAUGCUACGAAAAUCGUGCUCUUGAGUGUUUUCUUACAAUACCGAGUUUUAAACUUUGUUUGUGAAUCGUGAAAAACCGUGUUGCUCUGUGAAAUACCAGUGCUAUAAUAUAUUAAGUGUGUUUUUGUGUUAAAAACAUUCAUCAUGAAUAAAACUUGCGCAAGGUGUGAGAAAACAGUUUAUCCGACUGAGGAAUUGAAAUGUUUGGACAAGGUAUGGCACAAAGGCUGCUUCAAAUGUCAAGAAUGUGGCAUGACUCUCAACAUGAGGACCUACAAAGGAUAUGGAAAGCUACCAUAUUGCGAAGCACAUGUACCGAAAGCGAAGCACACGACGAUGGCUGAGACGCCGGAGCUGAAGCGGAUAGCUGAGAACACGAAGAUACAAAGCAACGUCAAGUAUCACGCCGACUUCGAGAAGAGCAAGGGGAAAUUCACACAGGUCGCAGACGACCCAGAGACCCUACGAAUUAAAGCGAACACAAAAAUCAUUAGCAACGUGGCGUACCACGGCGAGCUUGAGAAGAAGGCUCAGAUGGAGAAACAGAGACAGAUCAACGAGAACGGUGAGAUUGUCGACGUACCAUCGGACAACUAUCACCAACAAAUCGACAACUACGCGACGGAAAUGCUGCCUCCGAACUCGCCCCCACCCAACCUACCACCCAAAAACCACUACCAGACCCCGUCUACCCAAUACCAGCCCCCUGUCCAACCCACCCAGACCCAGCCGAAGCAAAACAGGCAAUAUCAAGAACAACAAUACCAGGACUAUCAGAGUCAAUACUAUCCCCAGUAUCAAGAAUAUCAAUAUCAGCAGCAAUACCAGAAUUAUCCGCCGCCCCCGCAGCAACAGACUCAGCAACAGAAAAUUGGCAGGAUUCAGGACUAUGACCCCAUAAGUGACGGGCCUAGGGCUCCACCGAACACGCAGAGGGCCUCCGCUACACUUAUAUAUAAUAGCACGAACGAUGGCAAGCGAGGUGCUCACCAGCAGUCAGGCCACCAGCACCAACAGACGCGCCAGAUCGGCCGCGUCACGGACCUCGAUCCACUCGCCAAUGAAAUGCCACGCCCGCCCACUAAUCAUCAUAAUCAGCGAGUGUACGUUGCUAUGUACGAUUACGAAGCCAGCGACAGUGAUGAGGUAUCAUUCCGCGAAGGCGACCUAAUCUCGAACGUGACAUCGAUCGACUCCGGCUGGAUGACCGGACAGGUUCUCCGCACGGGCCGGACCGGCAUGCUCCCAGCCAACUACGUGGAACUAACGACCCCUAACGCUGGACCCCACUACGACAACUGAUUAGACUAGACCCCCAACGGCAAAUUAAUUGUUUUGUUGUAUGUGGUUGGUUGAGAAAGUUGUACUUUUAUAGGUAUAUUGAUAAAUGAUAAAUGAUAUUGAUUUUGCAAAUAGGUUACAAUGUAACUCUUUCACACGUCAAUCUCUUUAAUAACUAGAUGAGGCCGGCAUUUCCUAUCGGACUAUGAGAAGAAAUGCCGAAACAAACUCAGAGCUCAUAGUCUCUUUUAAAGUCCAGACAAAAUCAAUUAUUAGCUUUGGUCUCUUGAAAGAGCCUUUGUUGUUUUCCAUACUCCAAACUAUAAGGAUUGCAAAAUUUCACGAACAUUGGCACUUGCAAAUGCUUCUCUAUAGAGGUACUUAGGCAGUAUUAUAUCACAUUCUCAUAAAAAGUUAACAUUCCAAUUUUUCCUAAACAAUCACAUACCACAAAAUAAUUUAUCACGUCAUCGUAUGUAUGUAAUUUCAAAACUUGCAAUUUUAUUAUUAAGUCAUUUUUUAACUAAUUAAAAUAAAAAAAAAAAAACCAAUCAAAUAUUAUGCAAUCGUGCCUUUAGUAUAGAAACACGAAUUUGUCACCUUUUUAUUAAACUUUUAUAGAAAUGUUUUUAAAAAAUUGCAAGGUAUCGUACUUUUUCACGUUUUUGGUAUUAAAAUUUUUAACUUAUUUAAUGUAAACUUUUGAUGGUACUAAUUACAAUGUAAACUGUAUUAGGCUUACUCCUUCCACAUAACUGGUGAAAAGUGGGUGUUAUAAUAUUGCAUAUGUACACCCCUGCCUACCCAUUAGGGGAAUAUAAGGUGUAAAUUGCCAGUUAAAUGGCAUCGAAACGGCACAUUUUAGGAUUUUAAAAAAUAUUUUAACAUGGUUAAACGUCUCGAUAUAUUUUUAUAUAAAUAAUAUUUAAAUAUGUAUGUAGUCUUAUCAUCUACAAUAAUUGUAGUUUUAACAUUUUAAAUUAUGGCUGGACCAGAUAUUUUGCGAAAAUUCCAAGUCUUAUGAUGUUUUUUAUUGAAAAUUGCCACGUAGCGUUGUUUUCUUAUGUAUAUUAUUAUGAAUAUACAUUUUUAAACACAUUUUUGGGUCGAAUGACCCCAUAAAAUAUAUCUACAACAUAUCUACAAUUUGUAACGACUGAGUUUAAAAUAAAGAAGUAAAUAAAGCCUUAAAUAAUGACUGCUGUACAGAGGCCUUUAUUUUUAAUUAAAAUAGAAAUAACUAAACUUUGAUAUUAAAACAUCUUAUGAACAUUGUCUCGUGUCAGUAAUUCCAGAUUCUUGUAUUAUUUUUUAUGAAAUAUAGUUUAUUUAUUGAACAUUUCCAUUUACAUUUUAAAUAUAUGUUCGAGUAGAAUCUUAGUAUUUUAUCUUACAUAGUUAUUUUAAUUUAUUUAUGUGAUGUUUUUAACUCCAAAUUUUAGUAAAACGAUCAAAACCAAUAUUGAGAUUGUAAGCAUUUUAUUGUCAUUCCAUUUUAUAUAAAAUAAAGCUUUAUUCCACAUAUUUUUGCUUUAAAAUAUUUAUUUUAUCGAUAGUCCAAAUCUACCUAAUGAGAUUUUGACUUCAACAAAGUCUAUGACCCCAUUUGCCAAUUGGGGUCGUUUAGAUCAGAACUUAAAAAUGAAUAAUGUCUGACGAUUUCUUAUGACCCCAAAACGGUUAUUUUAGCGGUGAAAAUACUUGGCAUUGCUUUUUAUUAAGUACCUAUUUAUAUUUUGUUAUGUAAGAGUGUUUCCGACAUAUUUCCUGACCCAAAUCACUAUCUUUCAGAUAAAACUUAAAUAUUUUGACUUCACCACGAAAUAUGUCCGAUACAUGAAGAAAAAAUAUGAAUUAUUGUUAUAAUAUUAUGCUUAGAAUUAACAUUUUAAAGUACCUGUUGUCAGGUCGCUUGUAAAUACACAUUAUAUUGUUACUUUAAGUAUAUCUACUACACGAAAUGUAAACGUUUUUGCAUAAUACUUGGGCACUGAUCAAGACUAGUAUAACAUUCCAUGUAUCAUUGACAAUAAUUCUGAUAGAAUAAGAAGCUUAUUUUUAAAUAGAUAGGUAUGCAAACAAUAUUUGAGACUGGGGUCAUUGUCUAAGGGGGUUUUUGGGGUCAAAUAGCCCCCAAAGGUGAAAGGAUUUGCCUAAUCAACCUGUAUAUUUAAAUGUAUCUUAAGUAAUAGACGCAAUAAAGCAUUGUUACAAUAACUGUUAUGCCUAAACCAUCACAAACGAACGCUAAAUAUUUUAUAGGACCAGUAUUAAGUUACAGUGCCUUUUGUAAUAUUUAAUAAAUUUUAUAAGCAA